CGAGAGCUGUUGCGCGGUGAUAGACUGCAGCUGAGCAGAGCCCCGUGGAGAACCACAGCAACGUAACGCGACACAAAAUCCUGUCCUCUAAUAAUCCAGCGUUUGGGUUUGGUAUGGUAUGGCAUCAAGGAGAAUGGAGACCAAACCAGUGAUAACCUGCCUCAAAACCCUCCUAGUCGUCUACUCCUUCGUAUUUUGGAUCACAGGUGCAAUCCUACUUGCUGUUGGAGUAUGGGGCAAGCUCACCUUGGGGACGUACAUUUCCCUUAUUGCUGAAAACUCCACCAACGCCCCCUAUGUCCUGAUCGGAACUGGUACUACUAUUAUUGUCUUUGGGCUGUUUGGAUGCUUUGCCACAUGCCGUGGAAGCCCAUGGAUGCUGAAAUUGUAUGCUAUGUUCCUGUCUCUGGUGUUCCUGGCUGAGCUGGUGGCUGGUAUUUCUGGCUUUGUGUUCCGACAUGAAAUCAAGGUCACAUUCCUCAGGACUUACAACGAAGCUGUCCUCGACUACAACGCGAGUGAUGAGCGAAGCAAGGCAGUGGAUUAUGUACAGACAAGUCUGCGCUGCUGUGGAGUGCAGAACUACACCAGCUGGUUCAGCAGCAACUACUUCCAUGACAACGGCAUCCCGCGCAGCUGCUGUGCCAACGUCAGUGACUGCAGCCAACAGGACAUGCGCAAUGCCACCAUUGCUUACACCAAGGUGUACCAGCAGGGCUGUUACGAUUUGGUGACCAGCUUUAUGGAGACCAACAUGGGCAUCAUAGCUGGAGUUGCUUUCGGAAUUGCGUUUUCACAGUUAAUUGGAAUGCUGUUGGCCUGCUGCCUGUCACGAUUUAUCACUGCCAAUCAAUAUGAAAUGGUGUAACGGCAAGGGAAGAGGGGAGAUAAAGACUGCAUCUGUCAACCUGAAAUAGUGGAAGACUGUGGGAGGACACCUCAAGAAUGCUAGCACACUCCAUUCUCAUUCUUUCUGCUCUCUUCAAAUUGUAGUGCAACAACGCUAGCACACUCCGUUCUCUUUCUCUCUGCUCACUACUUAUUGUAACACAUCCUUCCUUGACAUACAGUUGUCCCAUGAAAACAAGCUUACUUUACUACCCUUAACGAUCCCUGUCGGCCUCAAGAUCAGUGUGUCAACUUUAUAACAUAGGUCCUUCGCCGCUGUGGACAUGCAUGUAGUAUCUGGGUUGUAUCUUUGCUAUUUAAAAUGUGUAAGCAUUAACUACAUUUCUAUAAAAGACUAAAAAUCUAAAAAAACUGUUGAUACAUUCUAGUUUUCCAUCCAGUACCUUUUUAUUUUCAGCCAAAAAGGAAAGAUUUUCAGAAAUGAUGCAAGUAUACAUGAAAAUAAUAACAAGAAAAGAAAAACAAUGUAAAGAUGUAGUGCUUGAAGGGAGCACUUCUCCCGGAUGUUAGACUACAGUCUCUUAAUCUUACUGUAUGCGUAACGCUUCUGCUUUUUGUUGCUAUAUUGAGUACAUCACUGUAUCUGAUCCUGUGUAAUGUUAUUAUUACUAAAAUGUGCGCAGUUGCUUUGUAUAUGAAUAUUCUUUGUAUUGUGUGUGGUUUUUUUUUGUUUGUUUUGUUUAGUAGGUCAGUGAUCCACAAACUUUCAGGAAGCUGGUUUGGGGUUUAAAUAUUUUCUUAACAGAGUCUAUGGAAUUCAAAAGGGGUUAAAUAAGAACAAAACACACUUCAGCUUUGUCCUUGUGGUUGUGUAUAGUGUUGCAAUGCAACUUGGGGUUUAAUAAGAAAAUAAAGGAUUUUAUUUUUUAAUGACAUUAUUUUGUUGUAUAGUUACCAUGUUGUAACUACAUGUUCUGAUUUAUAUUAGAACCUCAGAGUUAUGAACACCACAACUGACUGGUCAACCAAACACAACACCUGAAACCAGACACAGGGCUCCUGUAAUAGGUGUGUUUAAAUGAAAAACACAGCUCUGUUGGCUUCUUUUUGGUUAUUAUUAUUAUUAUUAUUAUUAUUAUUAUUAUUAUUAUUAUUAUUCCUCAUUUUAAAUAUGUAAACCUUGUAUUAAUACGGUACACAUACAAUACAUUAUUGAACAGUUUCAGAGUUAGACACUUCAGUCUUAUGAGCAUCCUCCAUUCCCUUUGUGUUCAUACCUGUGGGGUUCUACUGUCGUUAAGUGAUACCCAAGGCUUUGAAAUGAAAGAAGAAAACAGUCCACAACAGUUUCAGACUUUAUUCCACUCCCAAUAGUCUUUUAAAUCAUGAGUCCAAGCUUCGUGAGGCCUACAAAUAAUGGUUUGAAAAUAAGGCUGUCACUUUAAAUUUGUCUGAGAAAUAUCGUUUAUCUUGCUAUAGCCCUGUUCAGUUGCACAUUAGAAACGCACAGUGCCUCAUGAAUAUCAGUUGUGCACUUCUGCCAUUCUCUUGCAAAUCAGUGCAGCUGUUAACUGUAAAAUCACAUAACCUUCCUAUUUGCAAAGCUACAGCCUGCUUCUUGAAAACCCUGCUGGAAAACACUGGAAAAUUUUGUUCUUACUGAAACGUCAAACAACUGUGCAUUUACAGUAGGUCUAAAUGGCUUCUUGUGCUGUAUUAGAUCACUGUUGUAACUGCAUAGAGUGUCCCUUGCAGUCCUGGGUGCAGGAGUAAAGGGAGCACUGAAUUAGAUGACUUUAACCUUAUUUAAUAAAACUGUGAUGUGAGUAACUCAGGCUGGGUGAUUCAAAAGCAGCCUUCUGUAUUAUUUGUUGUGUACUGUACGUGUUUAUUGCCUUGUUUUGAAGUUGUUGCAGGCUGCCACCAGUGAUGUUUGUGUAGGUGGUUUAGUGUUCAAAGCAAACUAGAAAAUUCAGUAGAAAAAAAUCUCCUCAGUUUGAAGGGAUUAUAAAAGUUUUCGUAUAAAAAAAAAAAAAAAAAAAAACUUUUUAAACUCAUCACCAGCUAGCAUGCCAACAAAAGUAUGUUGAUAUUGUAAGCAAUUGUGAUCUUUAAUAAACAGUCAUUACAA